AAAAGAAAUAAAUAUGCAGAAAUGGAAUAUUCGUGUGAGAAAUAAAUCGCCAUAUCCAACGAGAUUUCCUAAGUGAGUCUUCUUCUAACUUCGCUUUCUCCGCCUUCUUCCUUUAUUACAUCAAAAUUCUUCAUCCAGCUCAACUCCUCUCUUCUCUCUCCGCCAUCUUUCAACGGCGGCGCUCUGCUUCUAGGAGAAUUUGCAGCAAUUCAAUCGGUCGGCAAUGGCGCAGGCACUGAAUUUCUUCAUUUCCACCUCACAUUCCGCCAAACCCCUAAUCCCCCACCGCUCGCAGCAAUUUUCUCACUCCAUUUCUCGCCUCGCCCUCGUCAAAAACCCUAGAAAAACCUCGCUGUUCAUCAGAGCAUCUGCGUCCGACAACGGCGCGGGCACCGGCGUGCAGGACCACGUCUCCCUCGCCGCGGCCGCCGAUUCCAGCUCGAUCGAGGUGGAUGCGGUGACGGAGGCGGAGCUCAAGGAGAACGGGUUCCGGAGCACGCGGCGCACGAAGCUCAUCUGCACGAUCGGCCCCGCCACGUGCAAGCCGGAGCAGCUGGAGGCGCUGGCCGUCGGGGGGAUGAAUGUCGCGAGGAUUAACAUGUGCCACGGCACGAGGGAGUGGCAUCGGGAGGUGAUUCAGCGUGUGAGGAGAUUGAAUGAGGAGAAGGGGUAUGCGGUUGCCAUUAUGAUGGAUACUGAGGGGAGCGAGAUUCACAUGGGGGAUCUUGGCGGCGCUUCGUCGGCCAAAGCUGAGGAUGGUGAAAUUUGGACUUUCAGUGUUCGAGCAUUUGAUUCUGGUCUUCCUGAGCACACAAUUAUCGUGAACUAUGGUGGCUUUGCCGAAGAUGUAAACAUAGGCGAUGAACUUCUAGUAGAUGGUGGAAUGGUGAGGUUUGAGGUGAUUGAGAAAAUCGGUCCAGAUGUCAAGUGUCGCUGUACAGAUCCUGGACUUUUAUUACCUCGUGCUAAUCUCACAUUCUGGAGAGAUGGGAGCUUAGUGCGAGAACGUAAUGCAAUGCUCCCCACAAUAUCCUCAAAGGAUUGGCUGGACAUUGAUUUUGGGAUCGCUGAGGGUGUUGAUUUUAUUGCUAUAUCAUUUGUUAAGUCUGCGGAAGUUAUAAAGCAUCUCAGGAGCUAUAUUCAAGCACGGGCUCGUGAUAGUGACAUUUCUGUGAUUGCAAAAAUAGAAAGUAUUGACUCAUUAAAGAACUUGGAGGAAAUCAUUUUGGCAUCAGAUGGAGCUAUGGUGGCAAGAGGAGACCUUGGGGCACAGAUCCCGUUGGAGCAGGUCCCAUCAGAACAACAAAAAAUUGUACAGCUCUGCAGGCAGUUAAACAAGCCAGUUAUUGUUGCCAGCCAGCUGCUUGAGUCGAUGAUAGAAUACCCAACACCUACCAGAGCUGAAGUAGCUGACGUUUCUGAAGCAGUUCGCCAGCGAUCGGAUGCCUUAAUGCUCUCUGGUGAGUCUGCCAUGGGCCAGUUCCCUGACAAAGCAUUGACUGUUCUCAGAAGUGUUAGUCUAAGAAUAGAGAAAUGGUGGAGAGAUGAGAAACGCCAUGAAGCUAUGGAACUCCCUGGCAUAGCAUCUUCUUUUGGAGACAGAAUUUCAGAAGAGAUUUGCAACUCUACUGCUAAGAUGGCCAACAAUCUGGGUGUGGAUGCCAUUUUCGUGUACACUAAAGCAGGUCACAUGGCAUCUCUUCUGUCACGCUGCCGUCCAGACUGCCCCAUUUUCGCAUUUACUACAACAACAUCUGUGCGCAGACGCCUGAACCUGCAAUGGGGUCUUAUACCUUUCCGCUUGAGCUUUUCGGAGGAUAUGGAUAGCAACCUCAACAAGACUUUCUCUUUACUAAAAUCCCGGGGAAUGAUAAAUUCAGGAGACCUGGUUAUUGCUGUCUCUGACAUGUUGCAAUCUAUUCAAGUUAUGAAUGUCCCAUGAGACAUCCCAUUUCCAUAGAGGGGACGGCUUGCUUCAACGUCAUCAUCUCCAUAUCUUGACUGGUGUUUGUGGCCUUAGCAUUUACAAGACUUCGACUGUUGUUUCUCGAAGAAUGAGAACUCGCGACUCCCUUUGCCGGAUGUUUGUCAGCCAGAAGGCAACUCAGCCUUGAAGGAGAGCUUUUAAUUAUAGAAAAUAUCGAGUGAUGCCUUGCUAGGCUCUUGUAUUUUCCAUUUGUUUUCAUGCUUCUGAAGGUCUAGAAUCGGGAUAUAUGUUAAUCGACUUUUAAAUUAGAAGCUUUGUUUUGUUA